UUUCACUUAAUGAAAUGAAACCCAAUAUGUCUGUCUGUCCGUGCUUAUUUUUUAUUAUUUAAGUUUGAGAGUUGGGUAAACUACACGGUAGGAGAGCUGGUUUGACUGAUUAGCAGAUUCUCCUAAAGUGUCAAAGUGCAUUUGGUUGAAUAAAGAGGAUUUAGAAUUAACCAUCAAAAUCUGAAAUGCAUUGUUCACAAUACCUCUGUUUCCCAUAGUAUUCAUUAGCCUUAGAGGAUAUGCAAGGUAUUUAUAAAAGUAUUGUGCUUUUAGUUUUAAAACAGGUUCUGAAAAAACGAAGCCACAAUGCUUGCAUCUAGUUGCCCACAGUCAUAUGGUUAGAAGUGGGCUUUUGUGAGGGGGUUUCCUUUCAACAAAGAGAAAACAUUUUCACAACGGCUUAUGCCGUUUAAUCUUCCUGGUGCAUACGAUAACAGAUCAUUUCCCAACCUGUCCCAGCAGUUUAAAAGAGAUGCGACUCAUUCUUGUCUUGUUCCUUGUGCACCAAUUCUCAGCCAGGGCCUGCUGCAGGAUUUGGGUGACACAGCCAGAAGAUCAAUUGGAUGGUGCAGUAGGGGGAACCAUCGCCCUCAGCUGCCAGAUCCAUUCAGACUCUGGGGAUGAAAUCUCCCAGUGUCAUGCCCAGUGGUACAUUAAGGUUCUGGAGAAGUGGAGAGAGGUGGGAGGCUUGCUUAAAGAUCGAGUUGUCAAGGACAAGGGUGCCAGUACAACCAACACCACCUUUACCAUUAAAGAGCUGACGAUGAACGACACCAACACCUACUACUGCACUCUGAUAUGUACGAUCAAUGGGGAAAGCAUGCAGCACCAUGGGGGGGGAACAAGGAUCAACAUCUGUGAUCACGAGUGCCUCGGCGGCAAAAUCCCUCCCGCCAAUGCUACCACUCUCCCAGAUGAGAUUUCUCUGAGGACUUCUGUAGAGCCAGACAGCGGAGCUGAAGACUGUCUUUCCCCUGCUCCUUUCUAUGCCCUCCUGGCACUGAAGCUAGCGGUCGUUUUAGUAACCGUCGCUGUCUUCGCCACAUGCCCCCGCAGUUUCACACAUCAGGCAUGGCGCAACUACAGUUGUGUGCUUUGAGUCUGGCCAAAGUUCAUCUGUCAGGUGGCCAAACUCGCUGCCACAUUCUUUCCUGGUGUGCAACAUUUGUAUGCCUCCUCAUGCGGCCUGAGUAAAUACAAGCAACUGAUUCAAUCCAUGAUUCCUUUGUCCGGCUUCAGACUUUAACUUUAGGGGAAAGGUUUGACCCUUUGAUACACAAGCUAUGCAAACCCCUUCUAAGGCACAACAUGGGUCAAAAAUGACCCGUAUUGACCUAUAAUGUUAUUUCAUGCAUGGCUGAGUGUUUCUUUGCUAUAUUUUUGGAAAACUCCUCAUUUAUGAACAAAAAUAGUUUUUGUAUUACUGCAUCAAGUCAAAAAUGGCCCAUGUAUGCAAGUGUGAUAAAAAUGAAAAAAGACAUACAAUAAUAAUAUAUAUUUUUAAAAUAAUUAUUUUAGCAGUGAAUUGGACCCAACAAUAAUACAUUUAAUAUUUGAAAUGUUUAUUUGUCACUUUGUCACUCACACAUAACAUACACCAUACAACGAUAACACUGAUAUUGAACUGUAAGUGUAUCUGUAGUGUAACUGUAGUGAACUGUGGUGAAUGUAUAAAAUGAAUGAAUAAAAGAAAACUGAUUAAAUAAAA